AUGAAGAAAAGGUAUGAAGGAAAAGAAGAAACAAGGUUACAAAAACAUCGUAUAGUGCGAUUUGGCCAUUUUCCUCUUGUGUGUGACAGGCCUCACCGAUUAGAGGAUCUAACGGGGGGUGAAGCCGUUGUAUCAGGAGAGUACGUAAAUGGUAAAAGUGUUAAAGAAUGGACAGUUAAGCGCUCUUUGUAUCAAGCCCUUCAUAUGGCUAUGGCGGAGGAGAUGGAGAGAGACCCGAGGGUUUGUGUUAUAGGAGAAGAUGUAGGUCAUUAUGGUGGUUCUUAUAAAGCAACAAAAGAUUUACAUUAUCGUUAUGGUAAUUUUAGGUGUCUAGACACCCCAAUAUGCGAGAAUACAUUCUUAGGUUUAGGUGUAGGUGCAGCAAUUCAUGGUUUACGCCCUAUAGUAGAGGGUAUGAAUAUGGGGUUUCUUCUUCUAGGGUUUAAUCAGAUUUCUAAUAAUGCAGGAAUGUUAAGAGCAACCAGCGGUGGUCAAUUUAAUGUUCCUCUUGUUAUUAGAGGACCAGGAGGGGUAGGCAAGCAAUUAGGUCCUGAACAUUCACAAAGAAUUGAGGCUUAUCUACUCGCAAUUCCCGGUUUAAAGAUGGUUGCCUGCAGUACUCCUCGUAAUGCUCGUGGUUUAUUAAAGUCUGCAAUAAGAGAAGAUAAUCCUGUUGUAUUUUUUGAGCAUGUAUUGACGUAUGGUAUACAAGAAGAAAUACCUUUAUUACCUUAUACACAACAAUUAGAUAAAGCAGAAAUAGUAAAAGAAGGAAAAGAUAUAACUAUUUUAUCUUAUAGUAAAUUAAGACAUGUUGCUAUGCAUGCAGCACAGACCCUCAAUAAUAAUAUGAAUAUAGAUGCAGAGGUUAUUGAUCUAAUUAGUCUUAAACCCUUAGAUAUAAAUACUAUUAAACAAUCCAUAAAAAAAACUAAAAGAUGUCUUAUUCUUGAUGAAUCCAGCAGAACGGGAGGAAUCGGUGCAGAAAUAUUCACUCAGGUAGUAGAGAAUUGUUAUGAGGAUUUAUUACUUCCUCCUGUACGUUUAUGUACAAAAGAUAUACCUACUCCUUAUGCAAAAGAAUUAGAAGAAAGUACAAUUGUUAAUCAUGAUGAUGUUGUUAAUGCUGCAUUAUGGAUGGUUAGUGCACCAUCCAAGUAA